AUGACAACAACGUUGGAGAUCAGUGUGGUGUCCGCUGAAGGUCUCAACCAACACUCAUCAUUCUUCAACCGCAUCAGACCCUUCAUCACUCUCACCAAGCUCCCGGCGGACGUGCUCCACCACUACGACGGAGGAGGAACAGGGGACCACGUGUUCCGCGUCGCACUGGAUCCUACCUUCUUUUCCGACACAUAUUCGCGCCUCCACCUCCAUCUCUACAACAGGCGUCGCUUUGUCGGGCCCACGCUCCUCGGAUGGUGUCUGAUUCCGCCCACCGACAUUGCCUUCCCGCACUCUCACUCCCUACGGUACCUCAGUUACCGCCUACGGGCAAAAGACGGUUCCAGGACCCACCUCAUCCUCAACCUUUCCCUCCGCUUCCAGGGAUCCCUUUGUCACUCUGUCAUUGGGAUUCCCGUCACAGCGGUUCGCAAAUUUGGCGGCAGCAGUGGCACAAGCGCAAGUGGACACUGCAGCAUGGAGACCGAUUUUUAG